AUGCUGUCGCAUCCUACAUCAACACGCUCUGCGACGCGACGAGGUAAAGAAAACGCGACACACCUAGACACCAGCAUCCGCAACGACGAGCAAACUGUCAAAGCAUUAGCAAUGCACACAAGCGAGGGGAAACACUCACCCUCGAGCAGGCCCCGACUCGCGUCUACACCACUAGACACGUCGAAUAUCAGCAUUGUCCUUCAAAAAGGUGGAGACACCUACCUCGCUCCCCGCCAUCUAGCUCGUCCGACAAGUCUACAAGGCGGCAACGGUGAGCUGCUCAAAUACACGACGCGACGAGGUAAAGGAAAGCCGACUGACCUAGACGGCAGCACCCGCAACAACGAGCACGCUGUCAAAGCAUUAGGAAUGACCACAAGUCUGUGGGAACACUCACCUGCAAGCCCUCCCCGACUCGCGUCCACGCCACCUGCCACGUCCAUCAACACUAUCUUCAAGUGGGCGAAAACACCUACCUUGCUCAGCACCGCCCAUCCAGUCUGCAAUAACACAGGAUCAGCUGCGCCAUUCAAGAGCUACGAGGGUAUGCUUACCACUUACAAGGGCGGCAAUGAUGGCGAGCUGCUAGAAGACACGGUCAGUGCAUUCCCCACAGUGACCGACGUUAACGUGCCUACCUACAGCACAGUCCAGCACCUCCGCCGCAUGACUGGCGCAUCACACCGCCUCUCCGCGUAA